AAUUUUUUUAUGCUUUUUCUAUGUUUUUCUUUGCUUGGUAGUAUUUAUUACGUAUUUAUCCUGAAAUUUCAGAUAUAUGAUUUGUUGUUAUUCUGAUGAUUUAUGGAGUUUCUUAGUUCGUUGUCAUCUUCUGGUGUUAAUUUUCUGCAAUUUUUAGCUUCCAGGAUUUGGCUUUGCAAUGAGGGAAAAGGGCAUAACUAGGGUUUGAACUGCAGAGGAUGAUUAUAGGUGUUCACUGUUGAAAUGAGAUUAUCUUGUCCUUAAUUAGUUUAUUCGAGUUGUAAUUUUUAAUUGAAGCAAAUUGCUGAAGAGAAACCUAAAUACCGAACAUUUUAUGCUCCUCUAAAUCCUACUAUUAGGGAAUGGAAAACAUAAUUUAAGUCCAAGCUGAACAAGCAACAGUAGUUGGGUAGUCGAUCAAUGUGUCUAGUUGAAAUAAUCCGCGGACAGUGUAAUUUAUAUUUCGUAUUUUGAUAUUUAGGUAAUCUGGUUUUUGUUUCCCCCGCUUUGGAGGACAGAAUUUUUUAGUGUCUUGGAUAGUUGCGAACUUGAAUUUGUAGGAUUUAUGCCUCUGAUAAUUUUAUUUGUAGAGGUUUGUAGCUAUCUAACGGUAGGUAAUUUACACCAAUUUGGAUCUAGAGUGUGUGGAUUUAAACAUUUGAAGUUGACAGCUUGCACUGCGUGAGCAUGAAGUAGUGCAAAGCAGGAAUGUGAACUGUUCAUGCCAGGACUUGGCCUGGUGAAUUGCUCAAGCUUUUGUAUAGAAUUUUCCUGUUUAUGUUUUAUCAUUCUUCUUUUCCUUUAAUGCAAGAAGAUAAACUGAGGGUGAGUCAAGGCUCAAUAAAAAAUGGAGAAUUGGUACAGUAUUCUGAAGAGUAGUGGAGAUAUGACUUAAGGUAACUUUUAAUGCGCAGAGGAUACUAGUAGUUUAGGUCCUAGGCUAAACAAUGCAUUUUAUUUGUUUUUGUUUCUUAUCAUUUUAUUUUAGUCAUAGGUUUUAGCAUUUUUGAGUAGGAGUAUAUUUUUAUAUCAUACCUACAUUUCUAUGUUAUCCUCUUGGAAUUUAGGAUAGGUUAAGAUACAUGUAAAAUUGUUUUGGGUUUUGUUGAACUACAGUUUUGAAUUUCACAAGUUUUGUUAGUUGAAGACGCUACAUUUCAACAAUCUCAACUUAGCUAAAACUUUGAAGUUGGCAUCCAGGAGUUAGCUACAAUAUGAGUUAAACUUUAAAGCUGUUACAGUGAAGUUAUUUACAGUAUUGAGUGAGACCAAGCUAUGGAGUUUUUGAAUUCCAUAAUUUGUGGUAAUUGGACUAGAACAUUGUAAGUUGGUAAAAAUAGAAAUUUUGCAUUUUGGUCAAGUCCAUUGCUAUUUUGACGUGACUUGAAUUCUCUUUUCUUUUGUAAUUUUGGAUCUUCAGACUUUGAUUGACCAGUGUAAUCUAAAAUCCCUAGUUCUCUUUUCUGAGCUAUUUGCCAGCUAUUUAUCUUGGUGGUAAGGUAGAUAGUUCGACCCUAGUGUGGUACUUAAUGCUGAUUAAGGCUGUUAUAUCCAUCUAAUAUGAGAUUGCCCUAACUAAGAUUUUUACUCUAUUUGUCUAUUUUCUGCGCUUGUCUUAUGGUUCAAAUGUUGGAUAGACCUAAUAUGGAAUUGAAACAAAAGAUACCUCACUGUAUUAGACGAGAAACUGCAGAAGAGGAAUCAAGACAAAACAGAGCCAGAGGAUUUGGGUCAUUGUGGGUCCAUAGGAUUUGGGUAGUAAUGUAACUUUUUUUCCUCAAAACUUUUCUGAAUUCUAACCAAAGCUAUUUGGUAGUGGUUUCUGGACUGUAGAGUGUAGAAACUCUCCGGCAGUAGACAAUCUAGGUGGCUCUGCUGUGCGCAUUCUCAGGCGGACACUUGACUCAUGACAUCACCACCCAGCAUUUGUGCAAUAACAGAACAUAAGGAGUUAAUAAGGGGGGACAAGCUUGUACUCAGAGGUUUAAAAUUUCAUGGGUAUCAUGGGGUGAAGCAGGAAGAAAGGAAGCUUGGUCAGAAGUUCUUGAUAGAUGUAGAUGCCUGGAUGGAUCUGCGAGCAGCCGGUACUUCAGAUCAUCUCUCCGAUACUAUAAGUUAUACUGCCAUAUAUGCCAUAGUCAAAGAAGUCGUAGAGGGACCACCAAAAAAUCUUUUGGAAUCUGUGGCUCAUCUGAUUGCAUCCACAAUCCUGUCCAGGUAUUCUCAAAUUUCUACAGUCCGCGUGCAGGUUGGAAAGCCACAUGUUGCUGUUCAUGGUCCGGUAGACUACUUGGGUGUUGAGAUCAUAAGAUACAGAAAUGCUGAUUUGUAGAGUUAUGCAGAAUUGUCAACUGAUCCUCUUUUCUUGUACCAAAAAUAUUGAAAGUCAACUACUCUUGGCAAAAAUGUUUCGAUUUAACAGCUCUUUUUUGUUUUCCCUUUUUUGGUGUAAUAUCCAAUGUUAUCGCUACUUUCACAAUGCUGUGUUGGGAUUUUGAUGGCUGUUAUUGUCUCCAUGGUCUAAAAAUGAUGAACUGGUAUACCGUUUUAUUUCACUUGAA